GGGUGAAUGAAGUGAAACUGGAGGGAUGAGAAGCAGAGAAAAAUGUGAGAGAGGGAGUUGUGAAAGAAAGUGACAGCGAGUCAACAACGCAGGCUUCUGGAUCCUGUGUCCGCCUCCCUUUCAGCCCCUAACCCUCAGCUAUGUUGGAGCACAUGUCCCGCCGUUCACGUUCCCUUCUCUCCCUGUCCCUCACCUCCCUGGCCCUGGCUCUCUCCGUCCUGGCCUUCUGCACCUCCUACUGGUGCGAGGGGACCCACAAAGUGGUGAAACCACUCUGCCUCUCCCCUGUCAAGAUGAAGAAGUGUGCCUCCAGCAACAGCCCGGCCUCUACAGAAAGUCCUACUCCUCCUUCCAAGAACGAGUCCCCCUCCUCAUCUGCUGCUAAUAGGACAGUCUCACCAAAGAAAUGGGAGGAGCUGUCUAGGAUUCGUCAAAAGCAACUGGCCAAUGCAGUGCACUACAUCUGGGAGACUGGAGAAGACAAAUACAUGCUUCGAUAUUUUCACACCGGGUUUUGGCAGUCUUGUGAAAAACAUAAUGAUGGUGAGAAGUGUCGGAGCUUCAUUGAGCUGACUCCUGGUGAAACUCAAGGGGUGCUGUGGCUGUCUGUGGUGUCCGAGUUCAUGUACAUUGGCCUGCUUGCAAUGGGCUUUUUGUUGAUGUGGGUGGAGGUGUUGUGUGCAUGUGCCCACAAGGAAAUGUACGCCCUCAAAGUCAACGCCUUCGCGGCCAUCUGCACUGUCCUGUCUGGAUUGAUGGGAAUGGUAGCUCAUAUGAUGUACACCACAGUGUUCCAAAUGACCGUGAGCGUGGGGCCCAAAGACUGGAGGCCCCAAACCUGGGACUAUGGGUGGUCAUUUGCUUUGGCCUGGAUCUCCUUUAGCUGCUGCAUGGCAGCCGCUGUCUUCACCCUCAACUCCUACACUAAAACCGUCAUCGAGAUGAAGCACAGGCAGAGGCUGCGAUUGGAGGAGGCCCGUGCCAGUCACGCCCCUUCCUACGACGAGGUGGUGCCGGGGGGCGGCAUCUACUCAGUCAGUGGUCUGAUGCAGUGCCAGGCCGGUCUGAUUGACACGCUGUGGGCUGGCAAUGGAGCGGGAGAGACACCCACCCUGGUGCUGGUUGGGGGCUGCGGUGCCGAGGGAUGCGUGGACUGUGAGAGAGAGCUGGAGGAAAUGGAGGACACCAUGGAGAGAGACACAGAGAGGGAGGAGGGAUUUUCCGUGUCGAGAGAGGAAGAUGGUGGAGUGGACGAAGUCCAGGAGGAUAUGGAUGCCUUCUGCUAA